AUGGACAGGUCAUCCAGUUCAAUAUAUUCAUUAAUUGGCUCUAUUCGAGUUAUUUCUCAAGUUUUAUCAUAUGAGGUUAGGUUUAUUAUAAUUAUUUUGAUUUUAAUAAUUUUAAGAGACAGGUAUUCUUUUGUGGAUUUUUUGAUUUAUUAUUUAGUAUUUAGAAUUUGUGAGGGGGUCCUAGGUUUGAGAUUAUUAGUAAUUAUUGUUCGCAUGGGGGAAAAAGAUAUGGACUAG